UUUUUAUAUUUUCGUCGUUUUGUUUGAAUAACAAGCGAGCUUCGACAUCUUAAGAACUGAUUAAUAUAUAAAUAUAUAUAACUAGAUAUAGGCCAUAGGACACAAAUAUCAUCCUCUUCCUCUGUUCAAACUUCAAAUUUUCUAUCUCUGUAUCUCAUCUUUCACCUGUGAAACAAUCACAAAAUGGCUUCUUCUACUUCCUUGGCUUUUCUAGCUAUGAUUUUGGUAGCUCUUCCCAUUACUGCUUUUGGGGACCAUUGGGAUGACAUAGCUCCUACAGCUGCUGAGGAGAUAUGUAAGGAUGUAGACUGUGGAAAGGGAAAAUGCAAAGCCAAGUGGAGCUUACCAUUAGGCUUUGAGUGUGAGUGCGAAUCGGGUUGGAAGCGAAACGACCAAGACGGCGACGGCGAUGAUGAUCAGAAGUUCCUUCCAUGUGUAAUUCCCAACUGUACUCUUAACUACAAUGGUUGCCAGCCAGCUCCACCUCCAGUCCCCGAAAAGGAAGUUCCAAAAAAUAAAUCUUUCUUUGAUCCUUGCUACUGGGCCUACUGUGGAGAAGGGAACUGCGUAAAGAACAACACCUGCAAUUACAACUACAAGUGUGAAUGCAACUCAGGGUUCUACAAUCUUCUCAAUAACUCAAUCUACCCAUGCUAUAGCACAUGCACACUCGGAUCCGAUUGUUCAAAGCUUGGGAUAGUUGCAAAUUCUAGUUCUGAUGGGGAUAAAAACAACCAAGGUACAUCAUUUCUGCCAGGAAAGUUCCAUUGGAUGAUCAUAUUCAUGGCGUCCUUCGGUUUGGUCCUAUGGAAAUAGUAUGUAAAGUUAUGGAAUAUGAUUGUUGUGUCAGUCAGCUUCUAGUUUAUCUCAUACGUGUUUUCACAUAGAUUAUUUCACUCGAUCAUUGGUAUAUUUAGGCUGCGAGAUUUUUCUGUAUAAAAGCUUGAUUUUGUAUAUGAAUAAAAAGGCCAGAGUCAUUUGUUGAUGAUGACUAGUAUUCAGUACAUUAUUAUGUACGAUGUAGAACAUUUGUUAGAUGUCGUAUGAGUUGUGAGUAUAGUGCCUGUUUUGAUUGUCUUGUCGUAUUCGGUACAUUAUUAUGUACGAUGUAGAACAUUUGUUAUGACUUAUGAAUAUAGACGUAUAGUGCCUGUUUAGGUUGUC